GGUGCUAAGGGAUGAGUGAGACGUAGCUCGGCUUCUCCCCCAGCAAGUUCUCACCGGCUCGGGUUCAGACCCAGAAAGGGAGCCAGGAGCGAAGCUCACCCGACCCCGGCGGGCAGGACUCCGGGGCUGCGGAGCGCUCCUGCCUGUCGGGCGCUUGGAGUCCUUGCGGCUAGAGACGCGUCGGGACUCCAGCUCGCCAGGGGUGCCAGUGGGUUCCCGUGUCUCUGGUUCCUCGAGUCCAGCACAGCCAGCCUCAGAGACGCGCUCUGACGGGGGGACCUCGGCGGAACAAGGGGUGAAGGUGUUUAGACCCGCAGAAGGGGGCAAGUCUGAGCUUCGGAGACAGAGGCCAAGGAGAAGCUGAUGUGUCCCAGAGGAGAGAUCAAUCAUUGAAAUAAUUGCAGCUACCAGCUACAGAAAUGGGCAGCAAAACCUUGCCAGCACCGGUGCCCAUCCACCCAUCCCUGCAGCUCACCAAUUACUCUUUCCUCCAGGCAGUGAAUGGCCUGCCCACAGUCCCUUCGGACCACCUGCCCAAUCUGUAUGGCUUCAGUGCCCUGCACGCCGUGCAUCUACACCAAUGGACGCUGGGCUACCCAGCCAUGCACUUGCCACGUUCCUCUUUCUCUAAAGUGCCAGGUGCGGUGUCCAGCCUGAUGGACGCUCGCUUCCAGCUGCCCGCUUUCCCCUGGUUUCCUCACGUCAUCCACCCUAAGCCAGAGAUCACCGCGGGAGGCAGCGGUGCAGCGCUCAAGACCAAGCCGCGCUUUGAUUUCGCUAACCUGGCCUUGGCUGCCACACAAGAAGAUCCCUCCAAGCUUGGCCGAGGGGAGGGCCCUGGCUCUCCCGCGGGUGGGCUGGGCGCCCUCCUGGAUGUGACCAAGCUCUCCCCCGAAAAGAAGCCCACGAGGGGACGCCUGCCUUCCAAGACGAAGAAGGAAUUCGUCUGCAAGUUCUGUGGCCGUCACUUCACCAAGUCCUAUAACCUACUCAUCCAUGAGCGGACGCACACCGAUGAGCGGCCUUACACCUGUGACAUCUGCCACAAAGCUUUCCGGAGGCAAGACCACCUACGGGACCACAGAUACAUUCACUCCAAAGAGAAGCCUUUCAAGUGUCAAGAGUGUGGAAAAGGAUUCUGCCAGUCGCGGACUCUCGCUGUCCACAAGACACUACACUCACAAGUGAAGGAGCUCAAAACCUCCAAGAUCAAAUGCUAAGUAAACAGAGCCUGCGGGGCACCAGGACCCUGGGACGUGCGGCUGCCUUUUUUUUUUUUUUUUUUUUUCCAGAGGGACCCAUGCUGAAGGCGACUCUGCGGGCAGCGGGAGGGGUUUUCGGGAUCUUGCUUCCACAUCAACAAUGUCCCCUGGGUCCCCAGCGCUAGCGGCGCUCCAGAGCCUUGCCCGGGGGGCCAUGACUCCUACAGCCUGGGCGGCUCCCCCAGGACGCGGCUAAACUCUUGGCCAAAAGGCGGUACUCAACUCACGUGGCGGAAGGGAAACUGCAUUGAAAAAAAAAAAA